CGGAUCGUGUAAAUUGAAUCCCCGUACCAAUGGGGGUGGGCUCUAACUUCGUACAUGAUAUUUUCUAUUGGUUCCUUACAAGUGGUGUCAUAAAAGUGCCCCGGGUUUGGGCACAUUGUCUGGUAAAUGCGCCGAACAGGGAGAAAGGGGAAAAACAGUGAACGAGUGUUACAGUAUCUUGAAGUGGCAAUUGACAAAAGUGAAAAGCGAAAUGAGCUAGAUGCAGAUGUAGCUAGUUCUACGUUAGGUUCUGGCUGCGUUGCGGGCACUGGAAGACAUCAGAAGGGGGGCGAAACGGACGUACGGACGGCUAACGCACCCUGCACCAAUGCUGUUUUUACGGUUUUGUUCUGCUUCUAGAGGAGCAAAUCUGGUGUGAGAGUCCUGGAACAAGGAGAUAUUUUGACUACAUCACCUUCCCCAGGAACAGUAUGGCACAUGGAUGGAACACACUCUGUCAUUCGCCGAUAUCAGGAAUUCUCUCAAAUCCAGAAGAGAAUGUAGGAAACCAUGUUGAUAACCUUAUUAAGAAUAACAACCUUUCCAGUACACUGGUCUCACAAGAAACAUCUUCUGUCUGUAAUUCAAACUCUGUGCAACAACAGAAUUAUGAUAGUCUGCAGUGGAACAAUGAGGCUGCUCCAAGUUUGCUGUUAGAUAUUCAAGAGAGCCUGCUGGGAGGCAAACGUUACAGGGUCCAAGAUGUUGUAGCAGACUCAAACUCUCAUAAUACAAAAACAGACUCAGCCUUUUUGAGCUCAUCUGCUCUAGAGCAAUAUUCAGAUGUAAGCAGCUGCUCUGAGUUUGAUAUUGACAGAACUGUGUCUCCUUGUGUGGAGUUAAAUCUUGACUGCAGUCAAACCCAGGAAAAAGAGAAUACCUUGGAAUUAGGCUCAAAGGAAUUGUCCUUUUCUUCUCCCCAGGCAAUGGCUAAUUCCAAUAAUUCACUGAAAGAUGAUUGCCCAAUUAAGGACAUUAAGGGAAGCAUUGACUACAAACAGGAUGCAUGUGGCAGUAGCACCUCAGAGAACCUCACUUGUUGCCAUGAAGGGUCUCCUCUUUCAACAGUCUGGGACAGAGCUAGGGAUUUGACCAAACGCCUUGAAGAUAAUCUGCAAGAAAAAGAUACUUUUGUAAGUCAAGAGGAUCAAUACUCAAAUAUUAGCAGUCCACUUGAGGGUGUAAGGGAGCAGUCUCCUUUAAGAGGGCAUGAGGAAAUUAAGGACCAUUCAACAGCAGUGGGUUCUGAUGGUUCACAGCAGCUCAGCACCUCAGACUGUCAAGAUGUGGCUGUUGAACAUCAUAGCUGGACCAGUGCCUUUGAAACAAAUUCUGUAGAAAAAGUUACUAACACUCCAGAUGGUGACUGUAAGGACACAGUCGGAUGCGGCGUGUCGAAGAAGGAAAGUGUUUCCAACGGUUCUCUGAAAGGGAGCAAUGAUCAAUCAACCACUAGGUUAUCCCAAAGGCUACAUUUAGAAAUGAAUGAUAAAAGCCAAUUUAUUGCUAAAGGUGGUACCCAUGAGGACAGCGAGAGUGACUGCCAUAGUCCUCACAAUAUUGAAGAGGAACGUAGCAGCUUUGAUUUCCUGGAGCGCUGCUUAGGCCUCAGAGAUUUUUCUACGGGUAGCCGGAAAAAGUCCAGCGGUGGAAAGGAUAUUACAAGGCUAACUGGCAAGGAGGGAGCUGUGUCUUCUGAUGGUAAAGUGUUAGACCGGACUGAUCAUGAAAACUGGAUGCCUCAGUCUGGACCACCGACCCUGGUGCCAGUGGAUCUGGAAACUUCCUUCAGGGACGAGGUUCAAGGAUCAUACUCAGCAAGUCGUGACAAAGGGCCUCCCGUGCUCAGUGUCUUCCUCAGUGGAGCUGUAACUAACUUGGAAGAUGGCAAUAUGUCAACAUUGGACAAAAACGAAAAGGAUAUAGGGAUCAGAAAAACAAAUUCAGUUCAGUUAAUGUCUACAAGGCGUUUGAAGCAGUCCCUCCAUCCUGUUGUGCUUCUCAAAGAUUCUACUAGGGGGAAAGGGUACCACUGUGCAGAGUGUCCAGUGACAGCUCAAAAUCUAUCCGGCUUUUUUGAACACCACCAUUGUGUUCACUUGCAACACAAUUUACAUUUAUGCAAUACCUGUGGAUGCUACUUUACUGACUAUAACCUUGCCACACAACAUAAGUGUGACCAGGAAGUUGACACUGCAGGCAUAUUUAUUCAGAAGACAUCUUUGCCCCUUACAAGCUCUAUGUGCCCACAAAAAUCACAUCAGCAGGAGAAGGAGAGUGGAUGCAACCAACGCAAAUGCCAACACUGUGAUCAGACCUUCCAGAGAAUGUAUGAAUUUGACCAGCAUAUGCGGAAACAUACUGGUGUUACACCUUUCAAGUGUGGAAAAUGUGGCUUGUACUACUCACAGUCUUCUAGUUUGAAUCGACAUACGCGUUUAAACAGAUGCAAGCGUCAAAGAUUGAAAGAUGCUUCUGAAAACAAGAUGAUCCAGAAACUGACCUCCAACAGUCCAAAGGACCAAAAUGUUAAGUUGGAUGAGGUACCAUCUGCUGUUCCACAUGUCAAACUAAUUGACUGCUAUGUUAAGCUUGUGGACUAUCGCAAGGAAAAACAAUCACCCAAGCAGAAUUGUUGUGAAACAUGUGGGAAGUGCUUUCGCCUCAGGGCACAACUUGCUGCUCACCGCCGAUCACAUACAGAUGAGAGGCCCUUUAAAUGUCACAACUGCCUCAAGGCCUUCAAACAUCCUUGCAAUCUCUACAGGCACAAAAAACAGCAUUGCUCAAGGACCAGGAGUCCUGCAACAUUUACAAAUCCAAUAAAAUCCUUGGCGGGGGAAUACAAGUGUCCCAUUUGUCGAAGCGCUUUCAAAUAUUCCCACAACCGUUUCCGGCACUUAAGAGAGGUGUGUCUGAAAGAAUAUUCAAGACAAGGAAAGGGUAAGGUGGGUAACAUGUACAAGUGUGCACUGUGCAAAAGCACCUUUGCUAAUGGAUCCAAUCGCAGCAGACACAUAAAGAGAGGUUGCCUGAAGGAGUAUGUUCGCAGAGAGAGUUUGAAGAUAAAGAGAGACUAUCAGGAGCGGAGGAAAAUUUCCUUCACGAAGGAACCGCAAAAGCCACAGCAGCAGCAAAAGCCACAGCUGAUAUUGCAACCUCAACAAAAAAAAAGUCUACGCCACAAGUGCAGUUUCUGUCCGGCCACUUUUGCUCAUGCAUCUGGGAAGUACAAACACAUGCGGAAGCAUAAAAUGCAGGAAAAGACAGGGAAACCAUUCAUUUACCAGGCUUCCCUUCCACCUCUUGAUCAAAAGAUAGAGGAUACUGAUACGGUAUCCAACAUCAAAGGAAAUGCCAGUUCCCCCCCUUUCUCUUGUCGAUUUUGUGGAAAGUUUUUUCUUGAAUUAUACGCCCUUAAGAAGCACAUGCGGCUGCAUAGUGGUGACCGGCCUUAUCAGUGUCAGCAAUGUAGCAAGAGGUUUUUCCGGCGUUCCCACCUUGAUGCUCACAAAAAUGUUCACAAGCGAAGGAUACAAUGUACUGUCUGCAAGAAGAUACUUCCCACCAUUAGUGAGCUAAUAAAACACAGACAGACUCACAAUAAAAAGGGGAUGCUGCAGUGCCCAGACUGUCCACUGCAGUUCAAAUUUCCUGUUUACUUGCUCCGGCACUUGAGUACACACAAACACGCACAGCAGAAGGUUCAACAAUUACAGGAUCCUCCACAAAUAAAAGAGAAGCUGCAACAAGACAAGGUAGAGUUAUUUCAGUGCUCUCUCUGCCUUGGUGUCUUUGAAAGUAGCAAGGAGCUGAGCAAUCACUGUUUAACGCACAUGCCGAAGCGUUCUGUUAAUCAGUGUCCCUUCUGCAAGCGGCACUUCUGCAGUCGCAACGCGUUAAUCCGCCACAUGCGCUUGCAUACCGGAGAAAAACCAUAUCACUGUCAGAACUGUGGAAAACGCUUUACACGGAGUGAGGCACAGAAAGUACACCAAGAGAAGUGUUCCAAAACAUGCAUUGAGCCAGUACUUAAAAGUAGUGUAGAUAGUCAGAAUGUAAGUGAGGUAUGUGAAAUUAAGAAAAUGUAUAAUUGUAAAUACUGUCCACAAACAUUCGUCUGGCCAUGCAGCUUGUCGAAACACCAUAAAAAUCACAUGUUGAAGACUCUCUUUCCCUGUUCCAAAUGUGGCAAGUGCUUCAAAAAACUGAGGUUGCUGUCACAUGAGAAAUAUUGUGACCACCUCAUCACAAAGGACUUUGAAGCCCCCCCUCUUCAGGGUUCUGCAUGCAGAACGUGUGGCCAGAAAUUCAUUCGGCAGUACAACCGAAUUAUCCAUGAGAAAAAGUGCAAAGGAUCCACCUCUGUUUUGCCAGCAAAUACAGUCAAUAAUGGAACCACAAAUCAGACCAGAAGCAUGGACAAACUCAAGCACAGAUGUCCCCAUUGUCCAAAAGCCUUUAGGUAUCGAUGUUACCUCCUGAGACACCUUGUAGUGCAUACACGAGAUGAACCGCUCGAAUGUUCACGCUGUGGCCGUAAAUAUACUGACCGAACACUUUACCUUAAACAUAAAAGCUUCUGUGAAGGUGUUUAUAGGGACAGUCGAUCAAGUAAGGUGGAUGUAAAAGAUCAACCACUGCCAGUAUCCAUGACAACAAAAUUAAAAAGUGGACAGAUAACUAAAGGAGAGGGUGAGGGGGAGUACAAAUGCAGAUUCUGCACGAAGAGCUUCAUGAAGGCCAGAAAUCUAAGGCGUCACAUCCUGACGCACACAGAAGUCAAGCCGUACCGCUGCAAGACGUGUGAAAGCUGCUUCCGCCGAUAUGAUCAUCUGAAACUGCACCAGAACCGUUGCAAAGGUAAGCGGCAACGCUUGGAAGUGCGCAUCUUAAAGCUUAAUCUGGAGGAUUUGAGGAAGGACUGGCAAAAUAAUCCAGAUGGUAUAAAAGCAAAAGAGGGGGAAAUGGCUGAAUGCAUGUCCUGUGACAAAUGUUUUUCAAGUAAGAUUAAUUUAGCACGCCAUGUAGCCCUGUGUCAUACUACCGUGAAACCCUUCUCUUGCAAGUACUGUAGCACUUCUUUCUCCCAGGAAAGUACAUUAAAAAAGCAUAAUCUGAAGUGCAAUGGUAGGACGAUUUCUUCCUCUCAACUUUGGAGUUCUCAACAAGAAAUCAAAACUCAUUCUCCAAGGGAAAGUGGUACUGGUAAGCCGUGCAGGGAGACAUCCAAACUUCUGAUUAGGAUUCAAAGACACUACUCUGACAAACGGAAAUAUGUAUGUGCUUACUGUCCCCGCCGCUUCAGAAAUCAAGAGCAAAUGAUAGUGCACACCCGUUUACACACAGGAGAGAAACCUUUUGGCUGUGCCAACUGUGGUGAGCGCUUCAUUCGCCGUGAUUAUUUGAUGAGGCACCUGAUCAAGUGCAAGUUUGGAAAUGAAAGUGAAGAGAGUGUGCUAUGCGAGCAGUGUGGUGAUUUAUUUAAUGCAGACGAACUGCAGAGCCACCAGAAGAGCUGUGUUGUCAAACGGAGAACACCUGACCGCAACCCCAGGAGCCCUGUGAAUCACAGUGGAUCUCCAAAGAAAAGGGGCUUCUCCUGUGCUAACUGUGAUGCCCAAUUUAUAUUAUUCUCUCAACUCCAGCAACAUUUCCUUACUACACAUAGAGCGGACACUUACCAGCAGCCUCAACAGUCGCCACCACCACUUCGGCAGCAGUUAUCCAGUAUUGGAAGUGUCAAGGAAGAACCAAUUGAUGAAGGUUAUGAAAUGAACGAGCUAACGGAUGGCAACAUGAGGACUGAAAGUGAUAUGAGUAAGCCUUUUCUAUGCCCAUAUUGUAACUUGCGUUUCUUUAAUAACAGUGGGCUUGGGAUGCAUCUGCGCACCCAUGUAGGCAAUUUUAAUGUCUUCUGCAAGAGGUGCAAGAGGGGCUUCUGGAACAAGAACAUACUUCGGAAGCACUAUAGAACAUGUUGUUCCCUGCCAGUUGUAACAAAGGAAGAGCCAAAUGCAGAGACCCCAGCUCUCACAGACAUGAAUCCUCCAGUUCAGAAUACAGUCUUGGUAUUCAACAGUGGAUCCAAAACUACAGGGACAGGGGUGCUGCAGACUAAGUUCUCUUGCAAGGAGGGUUACAGAGAGAGGCUAGAUUCAGUUGAGGUCCAUGAGAAGCUGACCUCUCCCAGAUCAUCUUCUAAAAUUAUCCACAAGUAUCAAUGUUCAGAAUGUGAUCAAAGCUUCACAGAUGGGCUUCUGCUUAUUAGCCAUUUAGAGGACCAUGGUCGUGAGGAGCAAGAACGAAAACAAGGUUACCGAUGCAAUCAGUGUGGCAAAGUUUUUAAUCAGCCAGGAGUGCUGUCACGACACUUAAAGAUGCAUAAAAGCAUUAAGACCCCUUAUGCAUGCCCUGAAUGCCCAAAGACCUUCCGCCAUCCUUCAGAUCUGGAUGUUCACAGGCAUUGCCAUGACCCCAAUCGACCAUUUGUCUGCAGCUUGUGCCUCCUGAGGUUUUGGACUAAAACAUCCUUAAGAAUACAUACCUCUGCAAUACACCGUCAAAUAAAGCCCACAAAUGGUUUUGCCUGUCAGUUCUGUAGUAAGUCCUACACAUUAAAAUCAUCAUACCAAAAACAUUUCAGGAUGAAGCAUCACAAACAGUGGAGGAAGGAACUUUUGAAUGGCCAGACAAUCGAACGAGUCUCCUCCAAGCCAGACUUUGAUCUAGCAGUGAAUGCUGAAGAAAUGAACCAUGAAGGGACUGAUGAAAAUGAAGAUGAUGACGACUCUGACUCUGCUCCUUACUUUCCUUGUCAUGUCUGUGGCAAAACAUUCACUACAUCAGAAAGCUUAGAAGAUCAUCAGCGCUGUCACCUUGGCGAGAAGCCUCAUGAAUGUGCAGAAUGUGGCAAGUGCUUUUUCCAGCUGGGCAACCUUCAGCAGCACCAGCGCAGCCACAAGUCCGAGUUCCAAUGCCAAACAUGUGGUCGUGGGUUUGUAUCAUUAUUUGCUUUACGCAAGCACAAGCAUAGUCAUGGGAAGAACCGCCCCCACCGUUGCUCAAAAUGCCAGCUCAGUUUUACAGGACCCACACAGCUUGCAGAACACAUAUCCACUCACCGUGAUGAAAACUUCCCCUGUGACCUGUGUGACCGCACCUUCACCUGUAAGCUCAGCCGAGCUGAGCACCGCAAGAACCACACUGAACUAGAGGAGAGCCUCCCCCCCUUGCUUCCACCACAGGGUUCACCGUCAUCCUCUCUUCCUCUUAGUGCUGAUCAGCUAAAAUAUCGAUGUGGUAUUUGCUGUGAACGAUUUCAAGAUCCAGAGCAGCUCUCGGAGCAUGGUUGUUUUGCAGCCAGAGAACGUCCGUAUUCUUGCACCGACUGUAACCAGCACUUCCUGUGUGGAGCUCACCUGAAGAAACACCAGCUCAGCCACCAGUUCUCACGAUCGUACCUCUACCACUGCAAUCGUUGCCACAUACGUUUCACCUACCGUCAUCAGUUCCUCAAUCACUUGAAGAAGCAUGGGAUUGAAGAGGCUGGAGAUGCAACAGAAAAUCUGAGCAUAAAGACUAUUUCAAAUGUAAGUGGGAACAACACAGAGAACAUAUAUAAAUGUCCAAUCUGCCCACACAGUUUUAGCCAUGCCCUGGAAUUAGCUGAACACCUUUCCAUACAUGCUGAGAGCACUUAUAAAUGCAGAGUUUGCGGUGAGACUUUUGCAAGCAAAAGCAACCUCACACAACAUGAGCAAUGUCAUAUAACUGCCUCUACUCAGUAUGAAUGCACAGAGUGUGGUGAUAGCUUUCUGGGAAGUGAUGCAUUCCGUCUGCACCAGUGUGCCCGCAGGAAGCACAUUGCCAGAGGUCAUGCCCAAACAUCUUCCUCUAGUUUGCAAAAAAGGCUGCCAUCUCCUGCAGGAACUGCAGUGGCACAAAGUAUUGAAGAGGAAGAGGAAGUUGAUGUGGGGGAAGACUUCUAUAACUGUCCUGUCUGUACCAAACGAUUUUCUUCUAAACUGAGUCUCAAGGAACAUCAAAGGCAGCAUACUGCUUACCGCCCCUUCAAGUGCCUGGUGUGUGGGAAGUGCUUUGCUCAAAAGAGAUACCUCAAGAGGCACCAGGCCAUCCAUCAGCGGACCUACCGUUGUGACAUGUGUCCUCAAUCUUUUGGAAAUUUAAAAGCGUAUCAGAUUCACCAAGAUCUGCACAACCAAAAGAGUCCGAAUUCAUCAGUCACCACCCAAGAUAGUUUUCCGCACAGCACAAAACCUGUUAAAGGUGCUAUGGAGGAAUCUGGGGGUGACUAUCGUUGUGACAUGUGCUACAAAUCUUUCGGCCAAUUGUCAUCUCUGAGGCGGCACCAGGAAACUCACGUCGGGCAGGUUGUGUAUGAGUGCACAGAAUGUGACAAGGCAUUUGCUUUCUUCCAUCUCCUGGAGGAACAUCAGAACAGUCAUGCUUCCUCGUCCUCACCUCUGCCAUCUACUCCCCCUCCCCAUGCUUUUUCCAACCCAGUCUCUGAACAGCCUUCCCCACAAAAAUUGCAAGGUACCAAUACCUCUUUUCCAAUGCCACCAGUUAUGGACUAUGUAGUUAGAGAAAAUAUGUGAUGUUUGGGCCCCAGAUUGGGAUUGUGUAAUUUCCCAAUUCAUUUCACAUUAUCAAAUUUCAUAAAUUGCAUGUUCUAGUCAUGGUGUACAUAUGCUGCUGUGUAUAUGAAUUCCUACUACUGGUGAAAAUAUAGUCCUGCAAAUACUGCAGUUUAAAAAUUCCAACUUUGAAUAUUAUAAAUAGUCUCAUUUUUGGUGUAGUCAAUUUGUAUAUAUGUAUAUUAAACAUAUUUCACAUAGAUAUUGAUAUCCACUAUGUUUAUUCAUACUAUUGGAACGUGCACAUUUAAAUAAAUAAUUUAUUUUUCUGGACAACACAUGCAAUACUUUUACUUUACUAUUGUCCAGCUGUUAAGGGUUCAUCACCUCUGACUGAUUCCUGCUUCAUUGGAAUAUUAUUGAUGAUUUUGUUGUCUUUAUUCAGUUGGUACAUUUAAUGUUUUUAUUGCCUAAAACAAAAAUGAAUCAAGUAUGUUUAUUACCCCACAAUCUUCAAGUGUACUUACCAGUAUUAUAUCAGUGGAGCUGGAGGUUUUUUUUUUUUUUAGCUGUGUAAAAUAUUACAUGUAUGAUGUUAACAUUUUGUUGUUCAGUAACAAAUUGAAAUGUAUCCUUUCUAAACACCAAGGUGUAUUACCUAUAUUGUAAAUAGUUGUUAAAUUCCUUUAUGCAUCUGCCACAAGGUUAGUCCUGGACAUGUCCCCCCAUUGUUGCUGACCCUGUUAAACAUGCUUUUUACAAUGACCUGUGCUGAUUACAGUUUGUGACAUGAUUCAUAUGGGAAAACAGGUAGUUUGAUAAAUAUUGUGCAGUAGUUGGAAUGGGGAUUAAGUAGGUUAUACCAAGUUUUAUUCCUGUUUCUGUAUGCACUCAUCUUUUUAUAUUGAAUGUAUGAUUAUGAGAGGAAUACAUAUUUCCUAUUUGAAAAAUAAAACAGGUAUUUGGGUUUCCAGUUGA